AUGUUUUCUGGGAGCAAGAAGUACGGCACGCCAGGGAGGCGUCCCAGCCCGGCGACUGCACGCGACUCGCCGUCGCCGUCGCCGUCGCCGGCGGGAGCAGCAGGUUCCGCCGCGUCGCCGAUCGCGGCGCAGAGCGCGCGCGCGGCGCACGUCACGGCAGCACUCUCCGCGAUCCCCGGCUCGCCAGCAUCACCAGGCCUCGGUGGGGGGUUCGUCUCUUCCUCUCCUGCUGCGUCGCAACCGUUCUCGUCGCCGCAACCGUUCCCAUGGAAUCCGUCGUACCAGCAGCAGUUUCCCGCCCCCGGUCGUUUUGGGUCGCCCGCGGGUAUUUCUCCUUCACAGCGAAACCCUCAAGCCCCAUCCCCGUCACAAGCGGCCGCGUUACAUGGGAUCGGCGGGGGAGGCGGGGGCGGAGAACCUGUGGUGGUGUGCGAUUUGCCGGCGGAAGUAGUGGCGGCUCACGAGGAGGCCGUUCGCUCGCACGAUGCAGGGUUUAUCCCCAUACUCAUCGUUCCCGUUACUCUCAGUCUCUUCCUUUCUCACGCCCUUUCGCUCGCACAGCAGCCCAACCUCCCGCUCCUUUCCCCUUCUCCCCCGUUGCCCACACCCCAUAUCACGCUGCACCGCACUCCACCCCUCUCCGCCCUUCCAGCGUCCUUCUCCGCCCCUCGCGCCAGCCUUGAUCCAGCGUCCGGCUACGCAUGGGUGCAGAUUUCUCACCGCAUCUUUCUCUGGAGCUACGUCUCUGCCCGCAUCCCCUCCCGCUGCCUCGUUCUCAACCUCCCCCGCUCCGCCCUUCCCGGCGGCGCUGAUUUCGCCGCCGCUGGCGGCGGGGUUGGGAGCGGUGGAGGAGGGAGGGUGAGGGGUACUGAUGGGCAUACGUGGCUGGUCGGUCUUGUGCCUGUGUUUGCGGGGAGAGGGGAGGCGGAGGAACGGGAGGAGGAGGGGGAGGAGCAGGAGGAUGAGGAGGAGAUGGAUGGGAGCAAGAGCACGGAUGUGGCUAUGACUAUGGCUGUUGGUGCUGGUGCGGGGGAUAAGCAAAGCAGCGGCACGAGGGAGGGUUCUUCUGCUGCUGCUCAGUCCUUCCCUAAGCUGGCUGCGUUGCGUGUGGUUGCGUGUUGCCGCCGCGUCAUGUACGUCGCGUACUGGCCUAACGUCCUUUCUCCUGCCACUACUUCCACUGCUGCUGGUGGCAAAGGUAGUGGCAGUGGUAAUGCGGCGGCUCCUCUUGAGCCGAUUAUAGCCAAGGCGCCGGAAGGGUGGGGGGUGGGGCAAGUGGGGAGAAAGGCUGGGAGCUUUGGGUCGUCCGCGAGAGGUAAGGACGUGGUUACGAGCUUGGCUGUGGUGGGAGGGGCGGGGGGGAAGGGCAGUGGGAGUCAUGCGGCAGGAAGGGAGGGAGAAGCUGAACUGCAAGGGCAAGGGCAGCAGCGGCAGGUACAGCAACAGGAACGUGCAUUUGUUGAGUGUGUUGCCGUUCUGGGAUGCUGCAACGGCGAUCUCUGGCGUGUGGAAUGCACCUCGUCUUCUUUCCCUACCGCCCCCACCGCUCCCACUGUCCCUACUGCUUCCACUUCCUCCUUUGCGGCCGCUGACCGUUCGCCCUUAGCUUUCUCUCGCUUGGACAGAGGCGCGCAACCAGGUGGCGCCAGCGUGGCAGCAGUACAGUCCCUGACGGUAGUGCCGGCUGUGAGGGGAAGAGGGAGAGACGGAAGGGGCUCUAGGGGAGGGAAUAGUAGAGGGACGAAAGGGCAAUCGGGGACGGGUAGUGAUGCUGGUGCUGGUGCUGGUGGUGGUGCGGCUGGUGAUGGUGAGGAUAAAGGUGGUGGGAGUGAUGUGGGUGGUGGUGUGAGGAGGUCGAAACGGCUGUCUAAGGUGGUGGGGAUGGCGCAGGCGCAGCAGCAUGAGGAGGAAGGCGAGGGAAUGGAUACAGAUACAGGUGCAGGAGAAGGCAUGGGUGGGGGCAGUGAAACGGCUAAGAGUUUUGACGUGCUGCUGCUAACCGCAAUCGGGUUAGAGCUCUGGCAGAUCUCUCAGGAAGCAGGAGGGAAGGGCCGGCUGAUCUGGGCCGUUGAUCUGCUCUCGGAUCCCGACGUGCAGAGGGCUCUGAUUGGCCAGAAGCGCACGUGGCUUCUGGACGUCCAGGUCGCACCAGAGGCGACAGUUUCGUUUUCUCUCCCCCAGCAGCAUUCCUCUCUCGCCCCUCCUCCUCUGCCUCCUCCGUCCCCUUCCCCCAGUCAACCGCCUACCCCGUUUUCGGCCCCGGGCAUGGGUGGGAGGCAGAGAGGAGCAAGGGAGGGUAGAGGGGCGGAGACUCCUGGGGGGGUAAUGACCCGGAGAAUGGCUGCUAAGGCACGUGCGGAGAGAAUGGGAGGAGAGGGGGCUGGAGCGGGGAAGAAGGAAGAGAAGCAGCAGCAGGAGCAGCAGCAGGAUGGCAUAGGGGACGGGCGGGGAGAAGCGGCGGAGGAUGAGGAGAAAGGGGAGGAGGAGAAGGGAGGGAGGGGAGGAGGGGGAGAGAGUGGAGUGGAUGUUGUGGUGCUAGCAGCCGUUCUGGUGAAAGACAGGAGCGUGGGGUUCGGAAGCUGCUUUAUGCAGUACUGGCUGCUACGAUUCGGCAUAGUGCCCUCAUCCGCCCCUGCCCACUGCCUGCCGUGCAACCCUCGCCCCCUGUGCGAGCCCCCGCCGUCCACUGCUUUCGCCGCCCCUGGAAACACCCCCUCCACUAUCUCCGCUCCUCAACUGCCCUGGUCACCAGGCGCACAGAACGGAGCAGCAGCAGAGGCAGGAGCAGCGGCAGGAGGAGGAGGAGGAGGAGGAGGGGGAGAAGGAGGAGGAGCAGGGUCGCAAGCGGAGUUUCGGCUGAGGUUGAAGCAGCUGCCUCUGCUGGUGGUGCCUCGAGCAAAGGUAGAGGAGGAAGAGGCUAUGUGCGCGCUCUCCCUGCGUCUAGGGGGCCGGCCGAAAGGCUCUGUGCUGAUUCUCUCAGGUGACGGAGCAGCCACGCUGGUGCAUCUGCAGGAGGGAGCGAGGGGGAGGCAGGAGGCUCGUGGGGCGGGGUAUGGGGAUGGGCGCGGGCAGGGGAAUGGGCAGGGGAGUAGCGUGAGUGUGGUGCAGAGGCAGCUAUAUCAGGUUGAUCCGAUGGGGGUUAUGGGGCGGGUUUUGGCUGCUGGGGUGUUCAGGAAGGGUAGAGGAGACUGGGAGGAGGAGGGAGGGGAGGAGGAGGAGGAUGAGGAGGAGGGAGAGCGGGGGGAGGGCGGAAGAGUGGAGGUGAAGGGAAGGGGAAAGCGGCAGAAGCAGCAGCAGGUGGGGGAUUGGGUUCUGCUAAUGGAGAGAGGAGGGGUGUGUGCGUUGCCCGUGGCUGUGGCGGAGGGGAAGGGGGAGUUGGGGCUUCGACCUGGGGAGUUACGUGGGGGCGGAGGCGGAGGGGGGAGUGCUGGGGGGGGAAUGUACGAAGGCGGGAGGGGGAGUGGCGAGGAUUUGGCUCGUUUGGAAGAGGAUGGGAGGGUGCGUGGCGCUGGUGGUGGGGACGGGGGAGGCCAAGGCGUGGCGUGGCGGCAAGAGGGGAUGGAGGAAGGGGGAAUGGAGGAGGGGAGGAGAGGUAUGGACGUGCAGGCGGGAGAGGGAGGAGGGGGGAAGGCGAGGGAGGAGAGGGAGGAAGAGCAGGGCGAGGAAGAAGAGGAGGAAGAGGAGGAGGAGGCAUGGGAGGAGGGAGGGCCGGCAGUGCUAGUGAGUAGCCUCUUUGACGAAUUCCUGUCUGCUGCAGCUGCAGGAGCAGGCGGGAUAGAGGCCAGCAUUGCUGCUGCAGCGGAUGCUGGAGCAACGGGAAUCACAGGAUCAGGAGGCGUCGGAGGAGGAGGACGAGGCGGGGGAGGAGGAGGAGGAGUGACAGGAGGCGAAUCUGGGUCGUUGAUUCUCCAGAGAUUGCUGCAAGCAGGGGCGUUUGAGGCAGAGGGCGAGGCCAGUCCGUUUGUGCGCUGCAGCCUCUCUAUCAUCGACGCUCUCACCAAGCACUGGGGAGCAGACGAUCCCCCCACCACCACCACCACCACCACCACCACCACCACCACCACCACCACCACCACCACCACCACCACCACCACCUCCGGUUCUACCCCUGGCGGUGGCGGGGGUACGGGGCGGGGAGAAGACAGAGGAGCGGUGGCAGCGCGUGAAGGGGGGGCGGCGGGGGGAGGGUUCUCUUCGUCUGGGAAGCUUGGGGUGAAGCAGUGGCAGCACGAUCGGUUUCUGGAGUUCCUGCAGGUGUCGGGCGCACAGCAGGAGCUAGCCGUCAGGCAACGACCCUGCACUCCUCACUCGCUGCCCAACCCAGCCCUUUCCAUAUCCCCUUCUGCCCACCCCCUCACAGCCCUGGCCUUGCAACUGAUCCUGGAGCAUGGAGAGCGGCUGGCGUCUGUGGCUCAUCUCAGGACCCUGCACUCCUCACUUGCUGCCACCGCCUCCAACCUGCAGCAGCAGCUGCAGCAGCAGCAGUCACAGCAGAACCAGCCGCAGCAGCAGCAGCAGCAGAGGCAGAAACAGAGUUCCCCCUCCCCGUUCGCCUCCCCGUACCUGCGGUCCGCACCCAGAGCUGCUGCUUCACCCUUGCACCACCACCACACUCCCAUGUCAGCAUCUGCGGCAGCUGCUGCCACUGCACGAGCAGCAGAAAGGUACGAAGAAUCAGAGGAGGAGGAUGCACGGAUGGAGAGAGAGAGGGAGGCAGCAGAGGUGGCCUCAACGUCGCUGUGGCGAGCAGUGCAGGACGCAGGGGAUAGGAUCCGGAGGGGGAGUGUGUUUCUUUUGGAGAGGGAUCGAAGCCAGGUGUUUUUUGCCCGUGUGUCGGAAGCUGGUCCGGAGUUUUUUUCGGCGCUUGCAGCUGCGUUUUCUGAUGCGGCUGGUGCGGUGGAGAGAGGGAGGAAGGAGGAGGCGUGGGUUGCGGGUACUCGUGCCGCUGCUGCUGCUGCUGCUGCUACUGCUGCCGCUUCGGCUGGUGGUGGUGCUGCUGCUGCUGCUGCUGGUUUUGAUGGUUUUACACGGUCGGGCAAGCAAGAUGCACCUUUUACACCAGGAAAGUUCCACGAAGAUCAGGGGGAGCGUAGAACCGGCACAAGCACUGGCACUGGCGAAGCAGCAGGAGCAGGAGGAGCAGCAGCAGCUUCCCCUUUUGUGCCUGCUUACCUCACUACCCCUGCCCCUGGAACACCUAUCUUCCCUUCUUCCUCUCAGUUCUCCACUCCCUCGCACUUCUCUACUCCUGCUGCUACAGCCGUUACGGCCGCAACAGCCGCUACAGCUGCUACAGCUGCAACAGCUCCUGCUGCUACAGGCUUAGGCGCAUCUGCAUCUGCCACAGCUGCAGCAGCAGCGCGCAGGCACCUAGCCCGAGCAGCCACCCUUGUCGAAGCAGCAGUGGGCAGCCUCGGCUCGGCGGAUCGGUACCGAACCGACAAGGCUCGGUGGUACCCGGACGUGGGGCGGCUGGCUGGGUCGGACCUAGGGGGGGUGCGCAGGGGGAAGGGGCGAGGGAGAAAACGGAGAGCGGGGGGAGGAGCGAGAGGAGGAGGAGGGGAUGUGUGGCAGUGGGUGGAGAGGUGGGAGCCGUGGGCGUGUAGUGCUGCUGUGAGGGCUGCUCUGUGGUCACUGCUGGCUACGCUUAUUCAUCUCGAGGCCACAGCAGCAUGGGACGAGGAGCAGGCCUCUCUCCUGCACCGCCUGUCGCUCUCCCUCUCCUCGCUGCUCCUCUCUGCCUUCGCCACGGCAUUGGAGGCCAGGGACGUGGCGGGCAGGGGCGAGCAGGAGGGCGAGCAGGAGGGCGAGCAGGAGCAGCAGGAGCGGCAGGCGCUAGAGAGGGAGGCCACAGCAGCAUGGGACGAGGAGCAGGCCUCUCUCCUGCACCGCCUGUCGCUCUCCCUCUCCUCCCUCCUCCUCUCAGCCUUCGCCACGGCAUUGGAGGCCAGGGACGUGGCGGGCAGGGGCGAGCAGGAGGGCGAGCAGGAGGGCGAGCAGGAGCAGCAGGAGCGGCAGGCGCUAGAGAGGGAGUUCUUCUGGAAGCGGGACUUUCUGCUCUCUGUGCUCGUGCAACGGGCGAUUGCAGCAGCAGAGGCAUCGGAUGACCCCGCGGCCUCGCUGCGGGCGGCGCUAGCAGCGCCGUUCGCCCUGGCGAGGCAGCACUGCAGCUACGCCACGCUCUUCCACGUCUGCCGCUACCUGCAGGACGUUGCAUUGCUCGAAUCACUCAUGAGGGACAUCCCAUCGGGGCCUGAGGGGCGCUUCACCUUCUUUGUCUUCUCGCAGUUCACAGCAGCGGGGGACGCUGCUGGCAUGAUGCGCUUUGGCCCCGCCUUCCCCACCGAGCUCGAGUCCUUCCUCCAGGACCACAAGCACCUGCAGUGGCUGCACGACAUUCUUUUGGGUAACUUCCCCAAGGCCACUUCUACCCUGCAUGCGCUCGCCUCCUCCUUCCCAGCGGCCCAAUCCAUGAUGGAGCAAGAGGCUCAGCGGCAACAAGCAAAGCAAGGAAGAAACGGGAAGAGCCGGGGGAGAAGCGGGGGAAAGGAGCAGGGAGGGCAGGAGGGGACGGAGGGGAUGGAUGGGAUGGAAGGGGGGGUUGCGGCUAUGGGGUUGAGUGUGCUAAGGAGGAGGAAGAAGCUGCUGCAGCUUGCAAAGCUCUCCUUCCUGGCCGGUGCUUCAGGUAAGAAUCUCACCACACAUGGAGAAGAGGGGACUGAGGGGAGUGAGGGGAUGGAGGGGAUGGAUGGGAUGGAAGGAGGGGUUGCAGCUAUGGGGUUGAGUGUGCUAAGGAGGAGGAAGAAGCUUCUGCAGCUUGCGAAACUCUCCUUCCUGGCUGGUGCUUCAGACCCUUCGGCCCUCACGUCGCGAGCCACUGUCCUCUCUGCUGACAUUGAACUGCGGCUGCUGGAGAUCCAGGAAGCAACCAUGUCGGAGGUUUUAGCAGGGCCAGGCCCCAUAGGCGCAUUGGAGCUCGCAGCAGCACUGCUCCCAGGCCCGCGCCCGCUGCUCCUCCUGUCCUUUGAGGUAGCAGCAAUGUCAGAGGGGCUAGCAGGGCCAGGCCCCAUAGGCGCAUUGGAGCUCGCAGCAGCACUGCUCCCGGGCCCACGCCCGCUUCUCCUGCUCUCCUUCGAGGUGUUUGCCCUUGUCGGUCCCUCGCCCUUCCUCCACCCGCCUCCGCCUUUGGAUCCUAUCACUGGCCUUGCCUCCGAUGCUGCUGCUCCUGCGGAUUCUGCUUCUGCUUGCGGUGGUGGUUCUGAUGGGAGUUUUGCGUCGGCGAAGUGGGAGCGAGAGCAGCGGAAGGAGGCGGUGCGAGUGCUGAAGCGAGCAUGGGUUGCAGCAGCAGAGGCGGACGACUGGGUGGAGAUGAGGCAGAGGAGCGAGGACGAGGGAUGGACAGACGCCCAGUUUGUUACCGCUCUUCGCAGCUCUGUGCUCUGCAUUGCAGCGCAGUUACUCUACAGCAGCCGCCCCGUUGAAACUUUCGAGGCAGUGCUGCCCCUGCUGGGGCAGUCAGCAGGAUACGGGAGCUGGGCAGGGGAAGGGGCAGAGUGGGGCGACGAAGCGAGGGUGGAUGAGGCUGGCCUAGGGCUUGAACUACUAGUGUUGAAGGUGCAAGUGGUGCUGACCCCACCUUUCAGUGCUGCUGCUGCUGCUGCUGCUGCUGCUGCUGCUGCUGCCUUGGCUGCUGCUGCUGCUGCUAUAGAAGCAGCAGCAACACGCCCUGCUUCUGCUUCAAGUGGUGCUAGGAAUGCGUAG